AUGCUCAGCCUCAAAAGAAACAUGGUAAUCGGACUCAACCUCUACUGUGGGGGGACCGGAUUGGGACCAGGUAGCGGCAGCAGCUCCUCUCCUCCGGGGAGGCGGCUUUUGGCUGCGGGAAAGGAGGCCACGGCCCGGCGGGAGGUACGGGGAGGGGAAGAAGGCGCGGUGCCCCCCGCCCCCUCCCCCCCCGCCUCUCUUGCGCCCGAUGCCUGGAGGGUCACGCGGCCCUCACCCAUUGACGCCCAAGGCCCCGACGUCACCACGACCCCCGCCAGGCCGCUGUUCUUCACCCACACCCGCCGCACCUCGCCGCCAGAAGAGAUGGAAUCCUCGGCCUCCGACACCAUCACGUGGCCCGAAGAGGAGCUGGACGGGUGGGAGCUGGAGCCUCUGGGGAAGCGGCCGGCUGGCCUGCCUUUGCUGGAGUUGGUCAGGGAGGCCAGUAACAGCCCCGGCACGGACGGCUCACUCCCCUCGAUGCCACCCGCAGCAGAGGAGGAGGAGGACGAGUUGUACCAACAGUCCCUGGAGAUUAUCUCUCGAUACCUCCAGGAGCAAGCAACCGGCGCCAAGGACGUGAAGCCACUGGACAGGUCAGGGGCCGCCAGCUGGAAAGCGUUAGAGACCGUGCGACGGGUCGGGGACGGUGUGCAACACAGCCACGAGACGGCCUUCCAAGGCAUGCUUCAGAAACUGGACAUCAAAAAUGACGAUGUCAAAUCUUUGUCUCAAGUGAUGGUCCAUGUUUUCAGUGACGGAGUAACAAACUGGGGCAGGAUUGUGACUCUCCUUUCUUUUGGUGCCUUUGUGGCCAAACACUUGAAGAGUAUAAACCAAGAAAGCUGCAUCGAACCAUUAGCAGAAAGCAUCACAGAUGUUCUCGUAAGGACAAAACGAGACUGGCUAGUCAAACAAAGAGGCUGGGAUGGGUUUGUGGACUUCUUCCAUGGAGAGGACCUAGCAAACGGCCUCAGAAAUGUGCUGCUGGCUUUUGCAGGUGUUGCUGGAGUAGGAGCUGGUUUGACGUAA